AUGGCCGACCUGACGGCCGCCAGCUCAGCCCCCGCUGCCUCCAAUGGCACUGGCGUCACCUCCCCCCGCCGUCCCACAGCAGGCCCCGCCCUCACUGGCUCUCCGUCCGGCAUCAGGGGUCCCAGGAUGAUCAUGCAGGAACGGGCAGCGAGGGAAGCGCGGCAGAGGGCAGAGGCAGAGAAGCUUGCCAUGGAACGGGACAAGGCGGAGCGCGAGGCUCGUCCCGUCGAGGAAGCCCGACGGAGAAACUCUCAGCGUCGAUCCGCUGGCGUUGCCGCAGGCCAAGGCGUUGCCGCCGACGCCCAGCAACCGCAGAUCGACCCUCGCCACCAGAGUCGAAUGCCCCCAGACGCUCCCCAGAUACCAACAGCCGCGGCAGGGAAGCAGCCGCCCCAGCCACAAAUAUCACAGCUCGCCGAUGAUCAACGAGCACAUCACCAGACAUACCCGCCCUCUGGCGCGGCUCGCCAGCCACAGUCGCAUCAGCGGCCCGAUGUUGGCGCCCAGCCGGCCACCCCAGCAGCCCCGCAGCCCACCGACAUGUCCAAACCGCGAAACUCGUUCCCGCACGCCUUUGAACGGUGGGAAACGCUAUCUGCGCACUGGGAGGGCCUGACGAGCUAUUGGAUCCGCAAGCUCGAGCAGAACAAGGACGACAUCAACCGCGACCCCCUGAGCCAGCAGCUGGCCCGGCAAGUGACGGAUUUGUCGGCGGCAGGAGCCAACCUCUUUCAUGCCGUGGUGGAGCUGCAGCGCCUGCGGGCGAGUUCAGAGCGCAAGUUCCAGCGGUGGUUCUUUGAGACUCGCGCCGAGUUGGAGCGCGCUCGCGAGGUCAACGCCAUGAUGGAGGGCGCUCUGCAAAAAGAAAGGAGAGAUCGUGCCGAGGCCGUCCGCGAUGCCAUCGACCAGGAACGAGGGUCGAGCAAGGUCCAGAAGCAGCUCGCCGAGAUGCGCAAGGAGCUCUCCAUCUCCAAGGAAGAGGCCCGUCGAGCCUGGGAGGAGCUGGGCCGGCGAGAGCAGGAGGAACGCGACCGAACGUAUUCCCUGCAGACAGGACAGCCAACCAUCGUCGGCGGUGUCCAGGUCGUGCCCAUGACGCACAGCGGCAGCGUCAGUCGACAUGGCACUGCCCGGGAUCCGGCAGGCCACCAGCAAGAGUACGGACCGGGACACGGCUACCAGGCAGGACAGACGCAGGCUUCCCCCGAGCAAACACCCCCUUCGACGGCGGCGCGUGGCGGCGACGGCUACCAGCGACGGCAGCAGCACCAGCCGGAGCAGCCGGGCCGACCACGUCGCGGCUCCGAGGGCGGCUACAGCGAAGGCUCUGAUGCGGAAGCAGACGACUACGAGACGCCGGCCACCACCAACCCGCCUCCCAGCGGCGGCCCCGAGUCGCCGUCGACGUCGGCCGGCGAGUCGCGCUGGACCGGCGCAUACUCGGAUCCUCAGGACUAUAGCGGCCAGGGCUAUGGAGCUCCCGGCUGGGAGACUGUUCCCCGGCACCACCACCCGACCAGACUGAGCGACGUCAUCGAAGAAGAGGACGAGCGAAGCCGGACGAGCGCGAGUCAAAUGAGCCGCGGCUAG